UCGCGAUGCAUUGAAUGCCACGUACAAACAUGCAGCCCAAGACAGGACUAUACGUGCGUUAUAAAGACGUCAUAACUGUGUUUAUUCUGUUGGCAAUAUCUCGAACUUAUGCUUGCCAGAAUAAUACCUAUGGAGCCGGAUGUUCAAAGAAGUGUGGACAUUGUGUGAACAAAGAACAGUGUAAUCAUAUCAAAGGAACUUGUCACAACGGGUGUGAGGCUGGCUAUUACACACCACGCUGUAAGAAAGAAUGUAAAGAGGGAACAUUCGGGAAAAAUUGUGCUACCAUAUGUGGUCACUGUAAAGAUGAGGAAACCUGUGACAAAAAGACAGGGGCAUGUCCUUCAGGAUGUAAACGGUGGUAUGAAGGGAUCUACUGCAACCAAUCCUGCCAAACCGUGUACUACGGACCCCACUGCGUCUUAAUAUGCAACAGUUCUUGCCCACACGAAAUGUGUUACUCUGAAAAAGAAGACUGCUUACAGGAAAAUUACCAAAGUUCUGGAAAAGAGGACUGCGGAAAUAUGAAACAGUUAAUUGCGAUUGGUGGAUUAGUGGGAGUCUUAUCUGUCGUAAUACAUGUUGUUGCCCUCGUCACAUCAAACAAAAGAAAAUCAUACAGCCACAGUGGCAAGAAGGAUCCAACCUCAAGCUUACUAUCACAAAAAUCAAUAAACUGCGAAUCCGCAGAGAAUGAUAACAUUCAAAGCAACACAUGUCAAGAAGAGCCAUCCACACAAACGUCGGGAUUCUACAUGGAGCUGAUGGAAUCACAAUACCAAAACACCGCUGAACAUAUAUAUGAACAAGCUUAAGAAACAACCCUCUUUUGAAUGCGAUGUCUACUACGGUGUUCCAAAUCACAACCGCUUUUCAUUUUUGGUAGACUGCAAUUUGUUUGGUGUACUGUGUACGUAAAACGUUUGAAUUAAA